UUGUGUCACAAGGCUAUACAAGUUCAUUUAAAAGGUCAAAUAAAGCAUUGCCCGCGCUCACACACCAUGGCGUGUAUACACAGCUUGUCUACUUCUCAGGGACAAACUUGUUAUCAGGGACAAACUUGUUAUCCGGUGUGUAACACAAUUUUUUGCUGUAAUUGCGGUCUCAAAAAUGAGUAAGUUUUUCGAAAGAUCCAUGGAGGUACAGGUAGGAUCAUGAUGGUAGUUCCUGCCUCCAUGGUAGUACUUUACGACGGCACGUCUGUAACAGUAUGAAUGAAAUAUAGAUGAUCUGACCUGGUCACUCACAACGGAGGAGGAUGUGGAAUUUAGUUCAAGGAACUGGACUUUUAACAUCGGAAGGUGUUACCCUUGUCUCACUGGCAUUAUGACCGGAGACACAUCCCCCUACAGCAGAUGGAGAAAGAGGGUGAUUUUGAUCACAGUGGUUUCUCUGCUGCUGGCGUUUUCACUUGGGAUGUUGGAAGGAUCAGGAACACACCCGCGACGAAAGAGCCAUAUUAAAACGUGGUCGAGGCCUGGCGCCGGGUACCAGUUGGAAGUAGAUAAAACCAUCCCUCCAAAUGGGGACAACGCUAUAACUCAUGCAAGGGAAGAUUUCAAUUGUGAUAAAUGUUGCUACCGCUACACCACCAUCGAAAACGGUAUCUUGGAAAUACGGAGCAAAUCUGAACUCCAGGAAAGAGUCUGCAAGAAAAGGCUGCCAGACGUCAUAAUCUUCGGCAUGAAAAAGUGUGGCACCACCUCUCUGAAGAACUUUCUGAGCUAUCACCCAGACAUCGCCUUCACCCAGAACGAGCUGACGUUCUUCUCAUCCUCUGAUAGAACGAAGGGAGUGGAGUUCUACAGGAGUGAGAUGGUCUACUCCACUCCCGACCAGAUCUCGAUCGAGAAAACUCCGGAUUAUUGCCACUACCCGCAGGUCCCAAGGGCGAUCAAAGCAGUCCUCCCAAAUGUCAAGCUCAUCAUCAUCAUGCGGGAUCCAGUGGAGAGGGCCAUUUCAGACUUCGUGCACAUGCAGGUCUCUCUCGCCAAAAAGUGCAAGAAAAAGUCUGCGUGCAGGUUGGAUGACCCGGCAUACUACAUUGCUGAUACCUUCGAAGACUCCAUCAUCGACUCAAACGGGGAUCUGAACUUCUCGAAUUUACUUGUCGCUAAAGGCGUUUACGUCACUUACAUACGAAGGUACCGCAAGUACUUCAAACCGGAACAAGUUCUCGCAUUAGACGGGGAGACGUUCAUUAAGAACCCUUAUCCGGCCGUCAAACUCGUGGAGCAGUUUCUAGGCAUCAGGGAUUACUUCACACGUGACCAUUUCUACUACGAUGUCCAGAAGGGAUUCUUCUGUCUCAAUAAGCCCAUCCCUAACAACUGCAUGAAGGAGUCGAAGGGGCGCCCUCAUCCGGAAGUAAACGACGAGACGCUCAGGAAAUUGCGCGACUAUUACCGGCCUUACAACAAGGCGCUGAACAAGCUCAUGAAAGUUGACUUCCAUUGGUCAUCAUAGAUAUAACUCCAUUAGUUAUUUUGAAUACUGCUUUGUGAUCAAGAAAUGAGGAUUUAUUAGUUCACUUGAUUUUUUUUAUUUUUGAGCUUUCUGGACCUUUUAUAUUACCCCCUUAACACCUGCUCGAGUGAUUCACACACAUAAACAUGUAUCAAGGAAAUUCAAUUUAAUACGGUCAUAUACUAGGAAAUGUGUUUGCAACUUUGAAUGAAAUAAAAAUGUUCAAUGCAGGCUGAAGACAGACGCAAUCAAAUAAUUAAUUGUUAUUCUUUUGAAAACGGUUCAUGGAGGUAGAAGUGUGGAUAGUGUUCCAGUUAAUAAAGGAAUAAACACAAUGCAAUGCCA